GGAAGGUCGUGUUUUCAGGUCAGCUGUGGUAGGGAAGGGAACUGCGCCAUAGCUAACUCUAAUUUGAUUUGCGUACGGCGGAAAUCGAUUUGCUUACGGCGGGAAAUCGAUCUGCUUACGGCGGGAAAUCGAUUUGCUUACGGCGGGAAAUCGACGUGUGGACUGGAGGUGAGGUUGGCGUGGGAAAUCAACCUCAAGUGUGGAGAGUGUGCAGCACGGCAAUACCGAUGGUGGAAAACAGCUCCAUGGUGGCAGACGCUAUUGAAAAGGAAGAGGAGAAAAUUGCACCCUCGUUGCUCAAGCCAGUGCACGCGGACGAUGAGAGGACAUCAUCUGAUAAGAAGUCAAGUAUGCUGGAAGAUUCUGUGGACUAUCUCACGGAGCAGGCAGUAGAAAUGAUUGACGAGGGCGAGGACGACAGAUCUAGCUCCCCCCCACCUCAUGCAUUCGAAUCGGAUGCGUGUUUGGAUGCGUUAGAGGUAAGUGCAGCCACCAUGGGUGAAAGUGUGGAGGUGAUUCGGGAAGAGGAUAAAGGAGAAGUCAAGGAGGGCCUGCGGUUCAUGGAUAUGGAGUCAUCCCAGGAGGAGGAGAAUGACAGAUCCCUUUCUCCCUCACAAGCGUUCGAGCCGAGCUCUUCUGAUUUGUUAGAGUCGGAGAGUCACGCCGAGCCAAGCUCUUUGCUGCAUUCCGGACCCGAUACAGAGGACGGGACAACGUCGGGACCAUUGGGAUCUGAGCUUAGGGGAGUGGAAAGGGAAGGGUGCACAAGACGUGCAGAGGGAAUUGAGAAUGUAGAAGAUGGGGAGGAGAGCGCCGUGGCUGGAGGCGAAGUCGAUAGAAGUCAGGCGGUUGAUGUGAAUGUAGGAGGAGAGGAGCAAGUUCUGGAGGGGGAGGAGGUUGUUCCACCCCCGGACGGGGUGGGAUCAGGAGUGAUAGAGGAAGAGAUAGCAGCAGAGGUGGUUGCCCCGGAGGAGAGCGUAGGAGGAGAGGGAGAGGUAGGUGGUUCGGCACCCGAAGAAAAGGCAGUAGCGGUAGGGGAAGAGAUAGCAGCAGAGGUUGGUGGCCCGGAGGAGGGCGUAGGAGCAGGAGUGGUAGAGGAAGAGAUAGCAGCAGAGGUUGGUGGCACGGAGGAGGGCGUAGGAGGAGCAGGAGCGGUAGAGGAAGAGAGAGCAGCAGAGGUUGGUGGCCCGGAGGAGGGCGUAGGAGGAGCAGGAGUGGUAGAGGAAGAGAGAGCAGCAGAGGGUGUUGCACCGGCAGGAUUGUUAGAGAAAGAGAUGGCAGCAGAGGGUGUUGCCCCGGAGGAGGGGGUAUUAGGAGGAGAGGGAGAGGUAGGUGGUUCGGCACCCGAAGAAAAGGCAGUAGCCACACGCGAUUCGCAGGCAGUGUCUGCAGACGGAGAAGGAGUCCAGGUUCAUCAAGUGGCUGAGGUUGCGGUCAGAGUAAUUAGUCAUGAGGAGGUAGAGGUCAAGAUUGAGCCAUCAGAAGAAAAGGAUGUAGUAAUUAGUCAGAGUGAGCAGAAGGAAGAUCUAGUAAUUAGUCCACAGAGUGAGCAGGAGGGUGACGCUGAGAGCACAAGCGUCGUGGAGACUGCACCACCGGGGAUGGAAGAAGGGGAUCAUGGCGUGCAGCUUGGGAACGAAAGUGCGGCACAGGAUAGUGUAGCGGAGGGAGAGAGUAGGGAGGCGAAGGAGGGAGGGGCAGCAGGAAGCGAAGGAGUGAGGGGAGACAGUAGGCAAUCGAAUGAGGGUGGCGAUGAGCUGCGUAUUGACGCUGUGGAGGAACAGGUGGAGAUGGGAGGGAAGCCAGCUGUAGUGCAGGAGAAAGAGCGGGAAGUGAAGCAGCAGCAGGAGGAAUCGUCAGGAGAGGCAGAGGGGGUUGCGACGAGGGAAGUGGUGUCCGAUGCACCAGGACAGGCAGUCGAAGUGGAAAAGGGGGAUGUUUUGGGAGGGAACAACGUUGCGUCAUCAGCGGAGACAAUGGCUUUUGUAAGCGAAGGGACGUCACCGUACAAGGACGACGUCCGUGAAAUUGUACCUUUUGGAAAUGGAAAUGGUGAUCUCGAUCCCGAUCUCGAUCGAAGUGAUAGGCAAAUCCAAACGGCUGCUGAAGUUGUAGAAGAUGUGCUUGAAGAAGGGAGCGACGCAGAGGAAGGAGAAGAGGAAGGAGAAGAGGAAGGAGAAGAGGAGGUCAGUGCGUUGCCUUCGUUUGGAGCCGAUGCAGACUGUUAUGGAUUAACACGAUCUCAUCCGGAAGACGGUGUUGGCAAGGAGUUGGAAUUUCAUCCUGCUGGAGGAUUGCUUGAAGGUGGUGUUGGUACAGGAAUCAAUGCGGCGGCUGCUUUGGCAGCACGAUCUGUGGGCACGUCAGCGCCGCCGAGUUUGUCCUCCCCUUCUGAGGAGGAGGCUAGAAAGAAGCUGCCGUCGGUCAUGCUGGUGCGUGAUACAGCGGCAGCAGCAGCUGCGAAUUCUAACAAUGCAAGAGGUGCGAGAGGAGGAGGAGGAGGAGGAGGAGGAGGAGGAGGAGGUCUGUUUGGAUUGGUAGUGGAAGAGGAGGAGGAGGAAGAGGAGGAAGUGGUGGAGAUCGACGAUGACGAGGAGGAGGAAAAAGAUGAGGGAAUUGUAGGUGCUGCUCCUCCUUUUGUAGAUGCUGCUGCUCAAACGGAGGAUGGUAAGAAGUUGUAUCCCAAGUCUCUGUCGUUGGGCAGAAGUGCUGGAGUUGUUGAAGUAGUGGAGAGGGAGGUGGGAGCGCGAUCGUUGUCGUUUCCUGUUGCCACAGCCAAGGUGGAAGCCAAUGGGGAUUCUAUUUUUAGUUCUUAUUAUGAAACCCCCAUUCACGGAUCAACCGGGAAGUCGUCGAAUGCUGGAAAAGGUUGGGCAAUGGAUAGCGACAUGCGUCCGAACGUUCCAGUUGAUGUGUACGAUGGGAUAGAGGAGUCGUCUCCGUACCAGUUGGAAAGAGCGAAGCGAGAGUAUUAUGAUUCUGAUAAUGAAUCAGAAGGUGGUUGGUUGGAGAAUGAAGAAGACGACGAUGAAGACGUGGUCCUGCCAGCGGUGCUCUUACAUAGUGAUACCUUUGAUCUAGACGACGAUUUCGAGUCGUCUUCCUCCUUUGAAGAAUUGCAGAUGCAGUUGUUGAGUGCGAGCAUGGACAGGUCCACGUCUUCUGGGAAGGCUGCAGCAGAGAGAUCGACUCCCGUUGGGAAGGCUGCAGCAGAGAGAUUGACUCCCGUUGGGAAGGCUACAGCAGAGAGAUUGACUCCCGUGAAGGACAAGUAUGAAAUCCACGACGAGGGGAACGGGAUCCCGAGCAUCCUGACCGGCGGCAAGUGGACUCCGACAAGCAGUACGCCAGAGAAGCCGGUUGCCUGGCAGAUGAUGCUAGGGUCCACACCACCACCACCUCCACUCCCACCAAGAAGAGACAACUCUAUACUAGUACCGAGAAUGAACGUGGACGCAAGUCUGGGAUUGAAUGAAUUGAUUCCGCAGGAAACACAAGGGUAUAGACCAGAGGGAUGGAACAGGACAACGAGAAGAAGAGAUCAACGAAGCGCAAGCGGAGAUAGCUUCAUCAAAUCGACGAUCGUGGAUGAGGAACCGAUCAGAGUAUCGCCAGCAACGAACGGGUGGAAGGAGAGGGGAGAGCAGGGGUUGAGAUAUGCUUAUCAUGGGUUAGUGGAGGCAAGGACUCUGGGGCAGCGGAAGCUGCAGGAGGUGGUAGAAGCACUGCGCACCAACGGUGGUGGUGGGAGAAUUCCACACUUGGGGGGUGCACAUAUGGCUGCGGCAGAUGGAAGAGGGGCCGUUGCCAGCACCAGCACCAGCACCAGCACAAGCUGGCCUGCUGUGGACACGCAGAAUGCUUUUGCGGCAUUGGGCAAAUGGAGGGAGGUUUUGAGUGAGCAGGGUCUCCGGUAUGCAGCCUAUGGAUUGCAAGAAGCGAAGGUUCGGGGCCAGCAGACCGUUCGACAGGCUUGGCAAGGAAUCAAAACGGGCAAGGAAGCUGCAGCAGCGGGCCUUGCUAGGAGGGAGUGGACCACCACCGGUGGAAUAACGAAUGUAGCAGCAGGCCUGGCAGGGAGGGACUGGCGUGCGACCGCUGCUGGCAUCACGAGUGCAGCGGCCGGGCUUGCUGAAAGGGACUGGAGAUCCACCACUGCUGAAAUUGCCAAUCAUGUUAAGUCUAGGGUUAAUCAUGUUAAGUCGAGGGUUAAUCAUGUGAAGUCGAGGAUUGAUAAUGCGGAAUUGAGAAGGAGAGGAGGGGUAGGCUUGGAAUAUGCACAGCAUGGAAUCCAGCACGCGAAGACGGUUGGGUAUCAUGGGCUACUGCAGGCUGGAGCUGCUGGGUAUCAGGGAUUGUACCAGGCUAGGAACGUGGGUAGGGAGAACCUUGCACGGGCAGUGGAAACCUUGAGUGCAAGAACAGAGGCGCUUGGAAUUCGACCUGAGAGGAUUGGAGCAAGCCUGGGUGUGGAGGAACUGAAGUCGAGAGGAGGAGAGGUGGCACAACUUGCCUGCCGGGAGUGGCUGGACUUGUAUGUUCGUACGCGGCGGAGAAUAGCAGGGCCGUAUGAAAUGCCAUCAUCAUCAUCAUCUGAUGAGACUCAAGCGGACACGACGAGGGAGGGUGAGGUCGUGAAGACGAAGCGAGCGUACAGUCGGGAAGAAAAGGAAGGUGCGGUCAUGGUCGCAGUCAUUGCCGUUCUUCUUCUGGUCGUCGUCUUCCUACUACUGGUCGUUGUGUUUCGAGGGCCGAGCGGGCGACCGACAUUGUCCUUUGCUGGUGGGGAGCAGAUGCAGAUGCCGUUCGAUGUGUCUCAAGGAGCGGAAAGGAUGUGCUUAUGUCCUUGUGGUGAUGUGACGAGGUCUUGAAAGAGUGAUCAUCAUGUCAGAAAAUACGCUGCGGGUUAUCUUGACCAUCUACUACUUGGACAGAAAGAAGUGGUGCCGCCUUCUCUGGUUGGUUACUCCCUUGUGCCUUGUGCUUGGGAGAGAGAAAGAAAAGGUGUGUGCUUCCCUUGUAACCUUCUUCGGAGUGCAAAAUGGGCAAUAAAUCUUGAGGAAUGGCAACAGGGCGAGGGUUCGCCGUCGACAGUGUCGAGUAUGGACCGGUGACAUCAGAUUGACGACGUCGACGGAGCUGCAUGUGUCUCAGAAUGGGCGAUGCAGCGAUGGUAAUGUAAAGUGAAAAGGCUUCCAGCGGUUCAUUGGGUUCCCAUGUGAUGGCUUCUGAGGUGAUACGAUGGCAUAACUGGAUACAGCAUACACCUGUCUAUCCAGUUGUCGUGAUCGGUUGGAUCUUGUUGAUCUCAGAUCGACGGAUCCUUACCGAUCUCAGAUCGUAGGAUCUGUAUUGAUCUCGGAUCGUUGGAUCGGUAUCGAUCUCGGAUUGUACGAUCUGUAUUGAUCUCGGAUUGUUGGAUCGGUAUGGCUCUCGGAUCAUUGGAUUGGUAUUGAUCUUGAUCUCUGGUCGUACGGAUCUGUAUUGAUCUCGGAUCGUUGGAUCAGUAUUGUUGAUCUCGGAUCGUUGGAUCGGUGUUGAUCUCGGAUCGUUGGAUCGGUAUGGCUCUCGGAUCGUUGGAUCGGUAUUGAUCUUGAUCUCUGGUCGUACGGACCUGUGUUGAUCUCGGAUCGUGGAUCAGUAUUGUUGAUCUCGGAUCGUUGGAUCAGUGUUGAUCUCGGAUUGUUCGAUCGGUAUUGAUCUCGGAUCGUUGGAUCGGUAUUGCUCUCGGUUCUUUGGAUCUGUUUGGAUCGCGAAUCGUUGGAUCUGUUUGGAUUUCGAAUCGUUGGAUCUGUUUGGAUCUCGGAUCGUUGGAUCUGUAUGGAUCGUUGGAUCGGUAUUGAUCUCGGGUUGUUGGGUCUAUGUGGAUCUUGGAUGUGAACACUUCGACCUGUGGUAAUUAACAGUCUCUGUUGGCUAGUCAUGACUUGUAUUUGAACCCUCCCUCAGGAAUAUCUGCCCCCUCAGGAACAUCUGCCUUGAUGCACGGAGUUUUUGUGAGGUGUCGUCCUUUGUCCGUAUAUAAAGUCCGGAUGACGUGGAGUUUGAUCUUCUAGUAAUUUGACCUCUGUCCGUAUGAAGUCCAGAUAGUGUCCUCUGUCCGUAUAAAGUCCGGAUGAGGUGCUUCUAGAAUGAGAUCGUACUCACAAUAGCAAUAUCUGAACUGUAUGUCACCACAUUUACGGCCAAACCUGGAUGUAUCUGGCCACUAUUCCACCCGGAGUGAAGGUAGUAUGAAGACUCGUUGAAAAAGAGUCUUUUCCACGUCCUGCGCUUCCAUCUUCCUUCUUCCCCUUGUUAAUCUUGAAUGCCUGUCUGUCUGUCUGUCUGUCUGUCGAACAGUCGAACAGACAAUUCACACGAGUCGGGAGUCAAAAUCACGGACCACACAAUUCACAUUUACCUGGGAGGUUUAAACUUUUAACUGUUAAGGUAUAUAUAUAGCGCUCGACUCGGCUCCGAGUCGCUCGGAGUCGCUCGCAAUGGAUGCGUAAUGCUUAUGUUUGCCCGUUUUAAAUCAGACAUCAAGCUUGACUCACUCAGACCGAGGCAUGGAAUCUGGUUGUAACCUAGCGUUAGUCAGUAGGACAACGAGCAGGUAAUAGUUACCUGACUUCGCCGUCCGAAUUGUUGUAGUAGGUAGAUCAUGGGGUGGGCAAACAGGGCAAACAGGUUGAGCCGUUGACCAACCAACAUAUGGUGUGACGACGAGCACAUCGACAGAGGAUUGGGGAUGGGGUGGGAAAAUGGAGGGAGGGAUGCACGGAAUAUUCACAUUGCAGUGCGAGGGCGACGCUGCGACGGAUCGGAGCCGUUGACAUGAGAGGGGACGGAUUAUAUGAGGGGCUGCAUUCUGAUCUAGCAUUGCAGAUUUGAGGAUUGAAGUUAAUUUUUCUUCCAGCAUCAUUCGUUGAGGUAUUGCGAUUACGUUCCGAAGUGGCUUUGCAGCGGUGCAUUCGGAUGUUGCGAGGUUGAAUAUCAGCCAGGUCUGCAUCAUAUGUUGGUGUAGGCCCUGUAGGGUGUAGGUUCUUCUUCGAUGGCUUCAACUGGGCCAGUCACGUCCUCCUCCACUUAGAUGGUCGGUAUUUCAACACAAUUGUGUGUGUGGGAGGGGGGUUGACCUCCUCGUCGGUUAAGUCGUCAAGUUAGAUGUCGUUGGAUGUCUAUUUUCAAUCUCACGGGUUGUUUACGGGUCUUUGGGAAACUGUGAAGGACGUCGGAGAGGGAGGGUCCUAUAUAAUGAGGAACAGGAACAAGCAGUCUUCACCACACUGUGGUGUGCUGCGCCUCGGUGUCGUCUUGAAGCCAUGGCGAUGUGCCUGUUUCCGUUGUGAACGACUUUUUCCCGAUUCUCACCUUGGGCCACUGAAGCACAAGUAUUAGACUAUAUUAGCACUUGCACUGAUCCUGUGAGAAGCUUUCCAUGUCUGAUUUUCAAUCCAGAGAUGUCACUUGUUCGCCUUUUCGACGAUUGACAUGCCGUCCUAUUCUUGUUCAUUGUUUUCCGCUAGGGAAUCUUAUUCCUCUUUUGGUGGAAGUUGCUCAGGUCUCGACCUGUAUCCAGAGGCUUCGAGUGCACUGUUUUUCUCUCUCUUACGGAAGUUUCAGUUUUCGAAGACUCUCGCCUUUCACUCAGUGUCCUCCUGUUGUUUGUUUUUUGCCGACGCGUGGUCGGGCAUCUGCUCCUUCACGGGUGCUUUCUUCGGCUUAAGUUUUCGGAUUGACAUCGGACGGCCGGGCAUCUGGUGAAUUGCUGUCUAAUGGGUGCUCUCUCUCAGAAGUGUGGUGCGCGUUAUUAUGUUUCUCUGGCUGCAUCGGGAUUCGAACUUUCAAAAGUUGAUUGGGUCAAUUUGGGUGUACCAAAUGAAGCUACGGCCCAUUCGUGAUGGGUGGGCAUUAGAUUCAUUGACAUCGAGAUGAAGUGCAUCGAAGUCGCACGCAUAGUCCCAUCCAUAGUGGCACUACUAUUCGUCAUAACCAAGAACGAUCGGUUCAAAAACAGUCGAAUAGUCGGAAUAGGUGCCGCUAUUCUGUCAUCCAGCCAGGAAACAGUCGAAUUGCUGUUCAGUGUUCACAAUUUUAUAAUAACGGUCGAUUUUUAAGCUCGGUGUCAACUUAAGUAAAGGAUGGAAUAGUCGGUUGUGGACCUGGGCUUGCAGCAUUGCAUAUAAGUCUCACCAUUAUAGACGACGGUCAAGAUGACUUUCCUUUUCUCUCCUCUCUCCUACCCUUUUUAUAGUAUGCAGCAUUUCGGGA